UAAUUCAAAUGUAAUCAGAAUCAUAACCUACAAAUUCGUUUUGCGUUGGUGAAUAAUAUUAUGUAUUUCAUGUGUAUUUAGUUGUUCUAAUCUUUCUCAAGUAUUUUUCAAUUGAUAUAGGUUUGAGUAACAGUAGUUGAUGGCUUGAAACUCUGUUGACAACGUUUCCAGGAUGCCACCACCCAGAAAACGCCCCAGGACCAAGGUUGUUUUGGACAUCAAACACUUGAAACUGGACGAUGUUAUGUGUCCAGUCUGUAGAUCAGUUAUCAUAGAACCAGUUUCCUUGCCUUGUGAACACAGUUUGUGCUAUUUUUGUUUUGACAAGACCAUUGAAAGCAAUACCCUGACUUGCCCAGUCUGCAGAAAACGGAUUGGUGGUUGGCUGAGGUCAGCCACUAAAAGCAAAUCUCUCAUCAAUCAGCAGUUUUGGUCGGAAAUUCAGAAACAGUUUCCAAAAGAAGUGGAGUGCAAACAGGCAGGAGAAGAUGAUGGUGUUGAAGAAAAUGUUAUUGGGUGUGGAGUGGUUGCUACCAUUUCAAACCCAGGCGAAAUAGGACAGGAAUUCAAAGAACAGCUGAAACAGUUCAGUGUGAAAGAGAGAGAGGAACAAGAGAAACAAGAGAAAGCUAGUGCUGAACUGGCUAAGAAACUUAUGGAGGAAGAAUUGAGGGCGAAAGCAGAAUGGCUGAGCAGUCAACAGAAAGUUGUUGAGAAAGAUGCUGAGUUGGCCAAAUCGCUAGCUUUGGAAGAAAGUAAAAGAAAACCUCUCGAGGGUGGAUCAAGUAUUGUUUCCAAUGAAGGAACCAGUAAGGACCCAAGUGUGAGUGACGGACCCUCCAUAUUUGUGGGCGUGGCUAGCAGAUUCAAAAGUGGGGCCAGUUCGACUAGUAGCAACAGUAGUAGGUGCAACAGUAUUGAUGAGGAAUUCAGGCACUUCACUCCCAUAUUACCCAACCGAGACUCCAACAAUAAACCGCAAAAAAGUGCUGGCCCAUCAACCAUAUCCAACUGUACACCCUUUUUCAAAAACAUCGAGCGGGUGCGACCCAUCAAACCGCACAGCACUCUCAACCCUGAAACCAGUUUCGAGAAACCACAAGGUCCACACAGACUGCAUGUGAUGAUAAGUGAUGAUGUCGCUGGUGACCCAGAGUCACCAACAAAAGUUGCAGCGGCAUUUUCGCGAGUUCACUCAGCCGACGACCAAUCGUCUGACACUGAUUUCGAGGAUGAUGACGACAGAAUGGCGGCCGAGGGUAACAAGAUGGCGGCGGAAGGAAACAAUAAGGCUGGUGAAGGAUCCAAGAUGGUUAAACAAUGUGAGAAGGCAACUGAAGGAUCUAAUAAGGUAGCGGAAGAAUUAAAAAUAGCACCACAAGGAUCCAAGAUGGUUAAAAAAUGUGAGAAGGCAACUGAAGGAACUAAUAAGGUAGCGGAAGGAUCAAAAAUAGCAUCACAAGGAUCCAGUAUGGCUGGAAAAUGUGACAACACAAAUGAAGGAUCUAAUAAGGUGGCAGAAGGAUCAAAAAUAGCAUCACAAGGAUCCAAGAUUAUGGCAGAAGGAUCCAAGAUGGUUGAAAAAUGUGACAACACAAAUGAAGGAUCUAAUAAGGUAGCAGAAGGAUCUAGAAUAGCAUCACAAGGAUCCAAUAUGGCGUCGGAAGAAUCCAAGAUGGCUGAAAAAUGUGUGAGAGCAACUGGAGGAACCAGUAAUGUGGCAAAAGUAUCCAAUAUGGAGACGGGAGGAUCGAAAAUUGACGGUGAAGGAUCAACAGUAGCAUCGGAAGGAUCUAAGAUGGCUUCGGAAGGAUCCAAUGGGUCAAUAUUUGCUGAUGACGUCAUAUCAUCCAGAGGUUGGGUCCCAAGCUCAACUGACAAGGAGACCACCAGUGCUGUGGUGAAAUCUGUGGUCUAUGACGAGGUCUCAUUCAUUUCAAAUGUGACUGCUGACGUCACAGAUGUCGAGAAGAUUUACAGUGAACUGGAGAAACGAGCAAUGGAACUUAUAAGGCAGGAAGAAGAGGACAGAAAACUGGCGCUACAAAUGCAGGAGAUUUGGGAGAAGGCUGAGCAACAGAGAGCGAAACAAGUGACCAGUGACUAUAAACUGCGACGGAAGGAACCGGUUACUGUCAAAAGAACGGUCACGCCCAAAGGGAAGGUCAAAGUUCCCGGACAAACUACACUAGACAAGCAUGUGCAGCAAGUCCGUUCUUAGCUGAUUUUACAGUCACUGUCACCUUAAAAAAUAACUGUUACUUCCAUAGGAACGGUUGCAGGUCCUCGACAAGUUACAAAUUCGUUCUUAGCUGAUUUUACAGUCACUGUCACCUUAAAAAAUAACUGUUACUUCCAUAGGAACGGUUACAGGUCCUCGACAAGUUACAAAUUCGUUCUUAGCUGAUUUUACAGUCACUGUCACCUUAAAAAAUAACUGUUACUUCCAUAGGAACGGUUGCAGGUCCUCGACAAGUUACAAAUUCGUUCUUAGCUGAUUUUACAGUCACUGUCACCUUAAAAAAUAACUGUUACUUCCAUAGGAACGGUUGCAGGUCCUCGACAAGUUACAAAUUCGUUCUUAGCUGAUUUUACAGUCACUGCUUUAAAAAUAAUUCUGAUAAUGGUUAAAAUUUGUAAUUAGUGUAAGAUUAGUAAUAUGAAUAUAGUUUCCCAUAUUAUGUCUUCAGAAUUCUAGAGCAAGAAUUUGCAUUAGUAAUAACAAUAUGAUUAGAAAGAUGUGUAGUUUCUAUAGCCUAUUAU